GAAACUGGGCUUUCGAUACCGGCCAUUGUGGCUCUUGCGUCACUAUUCUCAUCGCGGAAUGACCUUCCCCCUUGCUUGAGCCACAAUGUCGUCGUUUCCUUGACGCUGUUUGAAGAAGCACUGGAUGUGAAAAAACAGCGCCAUUUCUGUCGGCGUCCAUGAUACAUACUGCGAUGCUACCGCAGCGGAUUCCAGAGCUCCAGCUCGGAUCGGCAGCGGGAGAGAAGUAGCCGCUCCCCUUUCGCUGCACGGCAGGUUGUGCCGGUGAAGUAAGAAGUAACACCAGUAUGGACUCUUCCAACUAAGACGCAAACACACUGUGUGUUUUGCUCAACAGCAUAAGCCAUGCCUGACGAGUAAACCCCCUUUUUUUGCUCAAAGCAAUAAAAAAAAAAAACAGAAAACAUCCUACAUGCCUCCCCAUGUAGAGCCCCUUCAGUGCAUCCUGCUGGAGUGACUGCCCCCUUUCCCAAGGUUCUGCGUCAUCCUCUCUCCGUACCCUUCUCCACCGAUCACCCUUCAGUAACUUCCCAUCACAAUGCUGCUCCACCUGAGAAUGGCCUAUACCUGAGGUCCCAUGCGUCCAGUGAGCACCGAUUCAGACGGUCCUGCUCCUCCUGAAAAUCUCUCUUGCCCCUACCCCCUCGUGGGCCCCCUGCCUGCCUCAGAGAUGUCCCUGCUCCAGUCGCUGGGUCCAGUGCAAAGCUGGCUUGGUCAGGAGCUUGAGAAGUGCGGGAUCGAUGCCAUGAUUUACACCCGCUACGUUCUCAGCCUUCUCCUGCAUGACAGUUACGACUACGACCUGCAGGACCAGGAAAAUGACAUCUUCUUGGGCUGGGAGAAGGGAACUGGGAAGAAAUGGGGCAAGAGCAAGAAGAAAGGAGGGACAGACCUGAGUCUUGAGGAAAUGAAGAAGCAAGCUGCUGUGCAAUGCCUCCGCUCUGCAUCUGAUGAAAACUCUGGAAUUGAGAGCCUGGUUGAAGAGCUUUGCUCUAAACUAAAGGACAUCCAAAACAAACAGAAAGAGGAAAAACAGAUUAAAAAGAAAUCUGAUGGCGCUCAGUCUCCAGAGCGAGCUGAGUCCCCCUCUUCAAAGGACCAGGUGGAAAUGUAUUAUGAAGCCUUCCCUCCUUUGUCAGAAAAACCUGUUUGUCUCCAAGAGAUCAUGACGGUGUGGAACAAGGCUAAGGCCUGCGCUUACUCGAGUUCAUCAUCUUCCGCAGCCCCACAGACCAGCACGGACACCUCCUCCCCAAAAGAUUGCAACAGCGAAGGUGAAGCUGCAAAAGAGCGAAACCCAGAGGCAUGCAGUACCAUCACUACUGUGACCAACGAGAGAGCCCAGCAGCGACGAAGCAAGAAGGAGAAAGAAAACAGAUACCAUGGUGGGGCAGCAGCAGAGGAGAAGUCUACCGUCCACUCCAAGAGACAGACCAGACACAGAUCUGAGGGCAAAUACAGACCCAGAUCCUGGUCUUCUGGCUCCAGCGAGGCGGGCUCAAGCUCAAGUGGGAACCAGGCUGACUCCAAGUCAUCUAGGAGCAAGGCAGUCAGAAUAAGGCACAAAUCGAGGGAGGCAGCUAAGAAUAAGAGAACACGCAACAGUGGGCAAGUGAAGCUUCAGAUGAAGGUCAUUGACAAAGAUGAGCGAAGAAAUGCAGGAGGGAGCAGUAGCAGUGCCACAGGAGGAGCUGCCAAACAAACACAGCUUUAUAAAAAGGGGAAGCGACCGCUGAAGGAGAUUCGUAAAGAUCCUGGCUGGAAGGAAGCGAGAGAGUCCGGAGUUGAGGGAAUAAACAAUAAGGAAUACAUGGAAGAGCCGCUUUGGUACACUGAGCCCAUCACAGAGUAUUUUGUACCUUUCAGCAGCAGACAGAGCAAGCUGGAAACAAAAUAUCGAAGCAAGGUAGACUCUCCUGAUGGCUUUGCUUUGUCAGCCGACAUGGAGAGGCUGCCGGAGAGAUUCCAGGGAAUCUGCAUUGCUAACGAGAGCUACCAGAGAGCGUACCUAGCAGCAGGCUCGUUUGUGGAUGGGCACUUUGUGGAAGGGCCUGGCGAGGCAGAAGAUGAACCUGCUGAACUCACUGGGACCUCAAGCUGCCCUCAGCCCGAGGAUAGUAGAGAUUUAGAUGACAAGCAUCUGUCUGAAUUCACUCACUUCUAUGAAGUGGAUAUUUAUCAAUCCAUAUUGGAUACUAGUGCCUCAGACUCGAUACAAGAGAGUCGGAUCCUAAGCAUGAUUCGACAAAAAAGCAAAGAGCAAAGAGACGUUGAGGCAGAAUGUUGUUUAGUGUUAGAUGGCCUUGAGCAGCAAGGGAAAAGUGCAAUACGGGCAGACUCACAGGAAGCUUCGGGAUCUGUUGGAUUCUUAAUGGAGGAUCUCGAAACCAUGGCUCAAGUGUGGGGAUGUUAUUCACCAUCAACUUCAGAAGAUAUAGACGGAGAGAGCUUCAUCGGAGACUCUCCCAUCCGGCUCUCUCCCCUCCUUGAUAGUGUUUCAUUCACCCUGAGCAAACUAUCUGGGCAUCUGGAGGAGCCGGCUGUUCCUGAAGCCACCAGUGAACCUUCUGCUUUGAACUCAUCCUGCUUCUCACUUUUUGAGCUGCAGUAUGACAGCCCCACUUUUCCUUUUCCCCGCGACUCACUCACCGUUGGUCACGAAAACAACACAGAUUCUAGUAGCUGUCUCGACCCCAAUUCUAAUAAACAGUCUCGUUUGCUAAUAUGGACCAAAAAUAGUGCCUUUGACGAAACUGAACACUGUUCGAACCUUUCAACGCGAACUUGCAGUCCGUGGUCACAUUCGGAGGAGACUCGUUCAGAUAACGAGCAAGGAAAUGUUCCAACAGAGGAUGCUGCUCAUAUUGGCAACGAAGAGAUUGAUUGUAUAAUCCCUCCUCUCUCUGGUACAUAUCUGGAGGAUGAAAUCUUGGAGUUUUUGCAGGAAGACUCUGCGCGCAAGUGUGAGGAGGUCAGUGUUAAGACAGCGUCCAAUCAGACCUUCACCAAAAAGUCUAAAUUGGAGUCCAUCUGUGGCAUAGCAUUGGAAAAGGACGAGAGUAAACAGUACAGCACUGGCAUGUUUUCGGACACCACAAACCAACACAGUGAUGACUACAGCUCAGGGAUAAUAAAGGACAUUUGGACUGCAAUAGGAGAUGACAAAUCUGAAAUGGUAAGGAAAGGAGCAGAGAAACCGAGUGAGGGGCUAUUCUCAGAUGAGUCAGGCGGUUACUGCUGCAGCUGUCUGGAGGUGCAGGCAAAAGCAGGUCCGAUUCAAGGACCUCAGAAAAAAGCAGUGCAGAGGUCAGAGUAUCACCUGUGGGAAGGCAAGAAAGAAGAACAGGACUUAGCCAAAAACAAACUCUGCAAGGUGGAUGCUGCCGGGGAUUAUAUGACUCCGUCCAAGCCCUGGGACUUAAACUCUGAGAAGGAGAGCACAUCAUUCAUCCUGGGAGGGGUGUAUGGAGAGCUGAAGACACUAACUGGCGAUAAGAAUUGGGCUGUUGUGCCGCCAAGUGAUGCCCAAGAAAGCCUGCUAACAUGUGCCGCUGCAGCUGCUUCUGCUUCUAGCUCAGACAUGCUCACCAUCACUGGAAAGGAUGUGCUCAUGAAAGCUGGCAGCUGCUUUGCUCCUGGCCACAAGCCCCUAUGGAGGCCUCUUGUGUCCUUUGGGCAGAGUGACCAGGCCAUCAGAGGAGGCGGGGAUGGAUUGAAUAAGGGAUUUUCUUUCAUCUUCCAUGAAGAUUUGCUCGGAUCUUACGGAGGCUUGCAUAGUGAGGAGCAAGGUUUGGAAUAUCCCUUCACAUCAUUCAACCUGAACAAUCCCUUCUCCCAAGUCCUCCAUGUCGAGUGUUCCUUUGAGCCUGAAGACAUGGCCUCGUUCAGUCCGGGGUUCAAGCCCAAAUCUAUUCUUUGCUCGGACUCUGAGAAUGAAGCCUUCCAUCAAAUAUAUGGCAUCAACAGGACACAGUACAGGGCCAUCCGCAUCUCCCCCAGGACUCAUUUCCGACCAAUAUCGGCCUCAGAGUUGUCUCCUGGUGGAGUGAGUGAUUCAGAGGCUGAGACUGACAAAGAGGAGAUGAGUUUUCCCGUCCUGGCCCCGGUGGACGUCUUCGAUGAUCCUCAGGCCGACCUCAAACCACUCGAGGAGGAUGCAGAAUGUGAGGGCCCUUAUUACGGGAAGUCAGAACUGGAAUCUGGUAAAUUCUUACCCAGAUUAAAGAAGUCUGGCAUGGAGAAGAGUGCCCAGACCUCUCUGGAUUCACAGGAGGGUUCAAGUACCCUCCUGCCGAUCGCUGAGCAAGAGAUUUGCUUAGACUGCAAAACGGCAGCAGCUGCUUCAACUGCAGGUGGAGAGACGGGCGUCUCAGUCUGCAAGAUUCAAAAGGAGGAAUCUUCAGGAGAAAAAGAGUCCUGCUUAUGUGCACCAGCAGGUCAGAUCCCCAAGUCUGGGAUCACUUAUGACUUUGUUGGAGAAAUGCCAGAGUUCCCUCUGUUAAAUGUUAGUGGACAGGGAGGAACUGGCAACCAGCAGGAUGAGAGCUGGUGGCAGAACACACUCUGUUCCCCCCUUUUCCCUGGAUCUCAGUGUACAGGGAGCAGCAACAUUUGAAUACUCCAGUUUUGCAGAGGACACCUGUCGUUAGAGGGGAAACCUUCCUCUCUCCUUUUGUGACUGGACCUCUACUGUACCAGCAAAGAUUCAGGGUCAUCUCAGAGCUGGGAAACCUAAUGUAGGCUAAUUUUUCUGAGAACACCCACCCAAAAACACCCCACACAUAACCCUGCUGGUUUUUCAUUUACUAACUUGCAACCUCGUGUAAUCAAAUCAGAUCAACAAAAAGUGAGUGGAAAUAGGAAAACUCAAAAAAUAUGUUCUGUCUUUGAGUGAUGCCAUGUGCGGAAAUGCAUUUUAGGCGUUUUUUAGAAUUAGUUUAAUUUGAUUCUUCUGUACACUGGUCCUCAUUCGAGUCUCACAGUUAGUUAGUUGGGACAAUCUUUUGUUCUAUUCCUGUCAGUUUUGUUCCCGCCAUUUCUUGUUUUUGCUUUUGAACUAGGAUACUGGUAGUUGUUGGUGUCUGAAUGGUUGUGCAUGUGCGUUCGUCCAGCCAGUCUUCACUCCUCUUUUUCUGAUGUCGUGUGAAAACGGACUGCUAUCACAUCCUCUACUUUCCAUCUUUGUGUUCAGAAAGAUAAUAACAAGGAUGUUGAGGUUUUCUGAGUUGUGUAAGACUUUGAGAGUUUAAUUUAAGUAGUUUGUUUGGAUGACUUUCUGAAUGUGAAGUAGAGAAUGUGUGAAGCUUUUCUCCUGAAUAUCCUGAAACUUCCCCCGUGUGUGAAAAGUUAUCAUAAAUGAGUCUGAUUUUUGAAUGGUGAUAGUCUUGCUAAAGCUAGUAGUAGACUUAGUACGGUUUGUGAGGCUAAAAUAAAAUGAAAAAAAAAACCUUUAAAAACAAAAAAACAGGAAAUCAAAUAUGAGUUUUGUUGGAAGAAUACUAAUAAUCUACCUGAAAUGCAAUGCUGUAAAAGAAAUGAGUGGGGGAAAAAAAGAAAAAAAAGUUUGUGUUUUGUGGUAAAGCCCCAUCAUUAAAAGACAAAACUACAGCCAUUUCUGCAGACACCUGUGUUGCAACCGAAUUAAACUUGGUUUUAUUAUUUUUUUGUAAUUUCUAUGGUACGGACUAUUGGUGCUAUAAACAUGUUCAAUUUGAAGUUGAAGUUCCAUAAUACGGCUGUGAUGAGUAGAAAGCCUAGUUCUGUUUGUAGUCAAAGUCAGACUCCAUGAAUACCUUUUUGCAGAGAAAGAAAAACCAGUUUCUUGCUUCUUGUGGCUUUGGGUUUUUUUUAUUUCAAGGUAACCUCUCAGUUGUCAGGCCUGUAAAGGACAAACUCUGCAUGGACAGCUCAUGCUGCACCUAUACAAACAUGAAACAAAAACUGUGGGGCGACGGUCAAACCAAAAACAUAACGAGCAUAAUUACACUAAGGUACAAAUGCUUUUCUUUUUUUUUUCCAUAUGAGGUGUGUUUUUAUUUUAAUUUUUUGGUUUACAAUAUAAGUCGUUGAAAUAUUGAGUAAUGUCUCACUGUGUGUGAGUGUGUGUGUGUUUGUUGGCAGCAGAACUCGUGAAGGCGCUGGUUCAGAGUGAGUGCAACAAGAAGAACUUUUAUCUCAGAGAAACGCGAAUGUGUGCAGAGACGUACAUUUGCUAAAAAAAAAUGCAAGCGCAUUAUAAGCUUCUCCCUCUAAAGUUAAAACCACACCGUUGACAAGUUGGGUACAAAGUCCUGAAGGUGUGUCGGUUGGCUUUUUGUGACCUGUCACAAGUCCUGCAGAUGCAAAUGCUAGAUCCCGACUGAUACGAGCUGAUACGGGCUUAUCACUGAUGCAUCAUCAUCGGCAUGUGUUUCCUGAUAUGCGAUGCAACGAAGACCCAAUUUAAAGCAGUUAAAAAAGAUAGAAAACUCCGUCAUCACAUAGUCAUGCAGCAGCUCUAUAGAGAGGGAGAGCAAAUACGUCUUACUUUAACUCAAAGCUCACGAGUGGACAAACAAAUUGUACAACUAUCAGCAGCAGAUGCUGAGUCAAAGGUUUAUUUUUGCACCCCUUAUCCAACAGCGAGGAAAAGGUUAAUUUAAAAUGUGAAGUACUGUCUGUGUUUUAUCCUAAAAAAAGAUGAAAGCAGGCCCUGUGUGGCUUUGCUGCAACGUCAAGUUCAUCUGUCCAGAUUCCCAGUGUCCAAGUCCAUCUGUUUUUUUGACAUUUCUUCCUCCUGAUUUUGUUGGCCUCCUUUAUUACCUUUAUCACUUUUGUCUUCUGAAAGAUUUUCAGUUUAAAACAGCUUAGUUCUUCUGGGGUGUUUGAAAUGUUGUUAGUGCUUCCUUACCAGCAGCAGCUUUCAGGCGUUAAUCUGUCGUUGGCCAGCAGACCAAAAGGGACGAGUAGGAAGCUUCCCCCUCUGCUGCGGGCAUGACUUCAUCGCACUCUCUCUUAUCGUCGUCUCUGUACUCUUAACUUUCUGCAGAACAUGCAGCACAGUAUUCAAGCUGAGCAGGAAAUGGUUGCACAUAAAUAUAGAACUGCUUUCUGAAGGAAACAAAAAACAGGAACAAAAAGUGGACGUCAUAUUAGUCGUAGUGAUGAUCAGAUAUCAGCCCUAAAAAUCCUGUAUCUGUCGGGUAACAAAUGCAUUAUGCAGUUUUUUUUAACCCCCCCCUUCCCUUUUUAAGCUACUUGAUUUCUCAACAAAGAUUUAGAAGACAGUAGCCGAGUGACUUAUUUGUCACUUAAUUACAUAAAAAAGUGAAGCACAGACAUCUAAGAUGAUGGUUCUUUUAAUUAAAAAAAAAUCUGAGUCAACAGUGUGACGCUGUAAUGCACUGUCGCAGGUGAAGGUGUCUCAGUAACAGGCAUGGCUUCCUCGUUAAAGACAAAAAAAAAUACAAAGAUUGUAAGUAGAUCAGGUUUGUUCAAUCCAACGGCAAAUCAACUGACCCCCCCCCCCCCCCACCCACCGACCCCCUUCAAAUAACCGAAUGAGAGGUACUCCAACCUCAGGGUCUUCGUCACCUUUCUUUGACCGUCAUCAGACACUCAGGAAUUUUUUAAUACGAGCAUUCUGCAUAAUCUUCCACUCAGACCUGUGACAGUGCAUUGAUGCAUUAAUGUAAAAACCUUUCUGUGAUUGUAGAGCAGAACUUAUUGACGGGAGAUCUUUCAUGCUAACCCCACUGCAGGUGGCUGUCGUUCAUUUAGAGUUUUAGGUAGAGAGAAAAACAGAAUUAAGCCAUCGUGGGUUGCAUCAGCGAUGCAGAGAGCGUGACACAAGAGGUCCUAUGCAAUGCUUUGACGCAUGUAAACAUUCAAGAAUUUAAGGAGACGAGUCGUCCGGUUUCUUUUUGCAUGUUUGAUUUUUGAGUGAGAGACACCUGAAGGUAAAAAAAUAUAUAUAAAAGAGAAAUGUCUCAAAAAGAAAAUGCAGCAUGCAAACAUCACACUCCAUCUUUUUCUGUUAGGUUGAAGAAAAAUAUUUUAAGUUUAUUAUUAAAAAAAAAAAAAAAAAAAAAAACACAAGAGGUUAAAUCCCUGAUUGAGAGAAUGACUGCGUGAAUCUGUGAGCGAACGUUUCACACCAAAAAAAAAAAAAGCACUUAGGGAGUUGAAAGGAAUACAUCACACCUUUCUCGAUUUGAUUCUUCCAUUUUGAUAGGCUGAUGUGUGUUAAAAAAAAAUAUUAAAAAAAUAACUAAAAUAAAAAGAUGAGUAAAUGCAUCCGGCGAGGGUAUAUAUGCAUUCGGAACGAACACAGAAAGAGUUUGCAGAGUUUCAGUCACACGGUGGUCUGAAGAACAUAUCCAGCACUGAAAACUUCCUCGUCUUUUCAUUCCCACCCAGACGCUCCUUCACCACCACCACCACCACCACCCUCCUCCCCCCCUCCUUUCCUCUAACGUUCCUGAAUCACACCUGUCCCGAGUAGCUCUGUUGUUCUGAUCUCAUGUACACCCUGAGUAAAUUAUUUUGUUUCAUUGUGGAUUUUUUCUUAACAUCUAAUAAAGGAAUAAACCAAAACCUCAG